UCCCUUCCUUCCAUUCCUCCUUCCUCCCUUCCGUCCCAUACUUCCUCCUUUCUCUCCCUUUCCUGUCACCCAGAGCCACAAGUUCCAUUUCAGUAUGGAAAAUCAAACUUUAUUAUAUGAGUAACUCACAAACACGAGUAAAAUCCAAUUCAGCCAGCUUUUUUCUGAGCAUCUACUUUAUGUUUGCCCAGCCCAGAUCUAGUCUUUGGGAGUUAAAGAGAAACUAUCCUAAAGAAGCUUGUGGGUAGCGGGGGAGAUGUGACAAGGGCCCAGAAAACCGUUAAGUAGCACUAUAAGACAAUACAAAGGAUGUCACAAGGCAGUAGUAUGAGUAAGUGCUGAGUGGCAUAGACAAAUGCUGUGUGUUCAUAGAGAUCACUGAUCUGGAUGAGUCAGGGAAAGGCUGGGGGGGCAGUAUACUCAGGAGUAAAGCAUUUGAUUGUAGCCUAAGAAGUCCCCACUUCAAAUGCAAGCGCUUCCCCCCAUCUUUACUGUUAUGUCUCUGAGAUAAUCUCUGUGCAGUAGAAAGAGGACUAAAUUUGGACUUGGGUUCUAAUCUGGUUUUGCUUCUUACUGUGUGAACACCGACCUCUCUGGGGUUCAGAUUCCUCAUCUGUAAAAUUGGGAUAGUAAGUAACAGAUGCUACUCUUCUGAUAGGAGUAUUCUGAAUGUGAGAAUAGCGUUUCACAAAUCCUUAUGGGUUUAUAAUGAAUAUUAUAAUAAACAUAUAAAUGUCAGUUGUGAUAUCAUUAUACUCAGUACUUUCGAGGUCUGUGGUUUCAUACCACGUGAUGACUGGAAUCCCUUUCUGCUUUUAGUAGAUGAGUUUUAAGAGUAGUUAUAGCUAAAAAAAAAGUUGUCACCGUGCAGUUAAUUAGUGAUGAGCCUCUCAAACCAACUUAACCUGGUCCUCAGAUAACAGACAUACUUUUGAGUCUGCCACUCACGGCCUUUCUGGCUUGGAUUUGCCAGAGCACUUGUGUUCCGCUGGCACAGCCUUCAGAAAUCCAGGGUCACCUCCACAUCAAAGUAACGCAUUAGAGCAGGACUUUUGUUAAAAUAAAAUAAUGAUCUUGGCGUCGUAGACAAGGCCUUGAAAGAUGGGGUCCUUGAAAGAUGGUUCGUGUAUGAAUGAUGGUAGAAUAAUGGAGAGAGUAGUAGUGAUAGAGGAAGGAGGCUUCCGAAAAAGUUCAGAAAUGAACGUAGAACGUAGUGUGCAGAACCAGGGUAGGGAACUUGUGUUGGGGCAGGGUGCUGAUGGUAAAUGGAUGAUAUUGGAAAAAGAUCAAGAUGUCCACAGCUUUGCUUUGUCCUGGGUACUGCCCUUGUCCUGAAAUCCUUCCAUCAAAGCAGUUCUAGUUCUCUCUACCCAUCUAAAUCCUACCCAUUCCAUAAGGACCAAUUCAGAUCCCAUCUCUGAGAAUCUCAGAAUUGGAGGGGCCAUAGGGGUCAUUUUAUCGAGUGCAAGAACUUGACAGGUGAUCAUACCACCUCUGAUUGAAUGCUUCUAGUGACAGAGAGCUUACAACUUUGUGAAACUCUGUGAAGUAUGAUCUCAUCCUCCUGUGAAUUCCCAUAGUAUUUAUUAGCUACAACAUUUAGUACCUCAUCAGAUACUGCUUUGUGGCAUCCUGGGUUGUUAGUUAACUUGGAGGGUUUUUUAACUUCCUGUGGGUACAUGGUCUCGUCUCCUUCAGUGGAUGAUACCACCACAGCUACAAAUGCCUAGAAAGUUCAGCGUGUGCCAUACUAGUUGAAUGAAUAGGCUGUUCUUUGGCUAUAUCGUCAUCAUCUCAACAAACGUUUAUUGAAUGCUUGCUAUGUGUAGGGCACUGUGAGAGUGUGUGACAAAUCUGUAGUUCACUCCCUCUCCUCCAGACCUCAGUUUGUGGUACUGUCAUCCUGCAUCCUCAUUUCCCACCCCAUUCCCUAGCUCUGCUUCCCCCAUGCCUAUGACGGUCAUAAUUUGGAGGCAUCCAGCUGGGGAAUACUGGGAAAACAGAGGGAGUGAAACUGGUCUUUUCUAUCAUUUCCGGGAGAUUUCUCCGUGGACAAUGGCAGCAACAAUUCAGGCCAUGGAGAGAAAGAUUGAAUCCCAGGCUGCCCGCUUACUGACCUUGGAGGGACGGACGGGCACGGCUGAAAAGAAGCUGUGUGACUAUGAGAAAAUGGCGGUGGAGUUUGGGAACCAGCUGGAGAGCAAAUGGGCUGUGCUGGGCACCCUGCUGCAGGAGUAUAGGCUGCUGGAGAGGAGGCUGGAGAACAUGGAAAAUCUACUGAAAAAUAGAAAUUUCUGGAUCCUGCGGCUCCCCCCAAGCAGUAAAGGGGAGGUCCCCAAGGUGCCCCUGACAUUUGAUGACGUGGCCGUGUAUUUCUCGGAGCAGGAGUGGGGGAAGCUGGACGAAUGGCAAAAAGAUCUUUACAAGCAUGUGAUGAGGGGCAACUAUGAGACGCUGGUCUCCUUGGACUAUGCCAUUUCCAAACCUGAGGUUCUCUCUCGGAUUGAACAAGGGAAGGAACCAUGUGGCUGGCGACGUGCAGGCCCCAAGAAUCCAGACAUCCAUACAGACCCAAACCCAGGGUCUCCUGUUCCUGCUCCUGACCUUUUACUUCAGAUCAAGCAAGAAGGCGAGCUAGGACUACAAGGGCAGCAGGCUUCAGGGGUAGAGGCGUGGGUGGCCAGUCAGCCGGACACUGGAGAAGAAUCAUGGGCCCUGAGUCAGCUGAACUCCGGGGCGGCAGAACUCUCUACUGAUGUUAGUCCUGGUAUGCACCCUAGCUUUUCCACUUCCAUCCCAACCAACUCGUGGCAGGCAGAACUCCCACCCCACCAUCCUUCAUCAGCAUGCUCAGAUGGAACCCUAAAACUCAAUACAGUGGCCUCUUCUGAAGCGGAUGUGAAAAUCGUGAUCAAAACGGAGGUCCAAGAGGAGGAAGUCGCGGCGGCGGCAGCCCCAGUCCAUCCUGCCCACCUGGAGGCCCAUGGGGCCCUAUUUGAACCAAGCCAAGUGUCUAGGCUCUUCCCCAAUAGUGUCCAAGAUACAGCCUGGGAGAAUCAGGGUAACCCGUUUCCUUCCCAGGAAACUCUGCUGGGGCUAAGGGAACCUGCUCGACCAGAAAGAGACCUCAGUGAGCUCAACCCAAUCAUGGCUCCAGAGGAAACCCUGCCUGGAGACUGGCUCUUUGGUGGGGUCAGGUGGGGAUGGAAUUUAAGGUACAAGCCUCCCAUGAAUCUUCCUCCAAGGACUGGUCCCGAAGGGUUAACUUAUUCCACCCCAGACCAUGGGGGAGGCACCCUAAAUCCCAGCCAGAGCCCAAGACCCUACAGUGAAUCCUGUAAGUAUCCAGGCCGGACAAAGGGUUUUGGCCACAAGUUGGGUCUUAAGAAGCAUCCACCAGCGCCCCCUGGGGGAAGGCCCUUCACCUGCAGCACAUGUGGGAAGAGCUUCCAGCUGCAGAUCAGCCUGACCAUUCACCAGAGUACCCAUCAGCGUGGAUGUGCAAGGUCAGGCCAGGACUCAGGAGCCCGAGAUGGGAAUGCCCUGCGAUGUGGGGAAUGUGGACGGUGCUUCACCCGGCCGGCUCAUCUCAUCCGGCACCGGAUGCUGCACACAGGUGAGCGACCGUUCCCCUGCACCCAGUGUGAGAAGCGUUUCACGGAACGUUCCAAGCUCAUCGACCACUAUCGCACCCACACAGGAGUACGGCCCUUCACUUGCUCAGCCUGUGGCAAAAGCUUCAUACGUAAGGACCACCUGCGCAAACACCAGCGUAACCACACAGCAGGGCCUAAGGGGGCAGCCCUUGUACCACCCCUCCCGCCAGCCACCAGCAGCCUCCCAGAUCCUUUUAAGAGUCUUGGCUCCAAAGGACCAUUGACCCCAACAGAACUGGCGAGUGACUGGACUUAUGGUCUGAACGCCCUAGGACCUACAGAUGGCAACAGUCUGUGAGGUUGGGCAGACAGGAGCUAGGCAGCUCCCUACCCCUGAUGCUGCCAGGUUCACAAAUUGAAAAAUAAAAUUUCGUGAUAACAGGAUAUUAGAAGGAGGCUGGAGACAGCAGAAAUGGCAAAUAUGAAAAGAAAAUAGCAAAUGUGAGAUGACAAAUAUUAGUCACCUAAAAUUGAUCAUGACAAGGAGCGAGAGCAGCUGUCAAUAAAAAUUCUUAGAUUGUGCAUUCGCACUGUAGAAUUUUUAAUAAUUUAAUAUGAAACUUUAAUUUUUUAUCCCUAAAUAAAAAUCCAGGAAAAUAA